AAGCGCUUGGCUCACACACAUCACGGAGGUUCUAUUUCACUUGCAGAGAGAGAGAGAGAGAGAGAGAGAGAGGGGACACAAGGACGGUUCUGUGCGGUGCUCCAAUGUCAGUCCUGAACGGGCCAUAGCUGAACGAGAGGAGCGUCAUAAAGACCCACAGCUCCGGUACCAGGCUACCGCGGAAGCCCUUCGGAUUAACUUUUCACUUGACUUCACUUCUCUUUAGAGCGACAGCUUUCUUCCUCUCGUGCGUCUCUCUACGGUUAGUCGGUGGAAUGGCAGAGAAGCGACGCUCUUCGUGCAAUCUGAGCGUCAAGGCGCACGCGUUCUCGGUGGAAUCUCUCAUCCGGGCAGAGAAGACACGGAAGCUCGGGGACGCCGACACCGGGGUGUGCUGUCUUGAUGAGUGGACCGAGGUGUUGGAACUUCCCGCUAACGGAGGGGAGAGAGAGAAGAAGGUGUACGACCGGGGCAGCGAGAUAGAGUGUGCUCGUGACGGCUCGCCGGAGAGUUGUGACGUGGUGUUGGAGGCCCAGGCCCAGCGCACGCCGCCGGUAACAGUAACGGUUCCCGGAGAGGAAAUGAGCGUGGACUUGCAGGGCUCCGACCUGUGGAAACGGUUUCACGAGAUUGGCACGGAGAUGAUCAUUACGAAGGCCGGCAGGCGGAUGUUCCCCGCUAUGCGCGUGAAGAUCUCGGGUCUGGACCCCCACCAGCAGUAUUACGUCGCCAUGGACAUUAUCCCCAUGGACAACAAAAGAUACAGGUACGUGUACCACAGCUCCAAGUGGAUGGUCGCGGGAAACGCGGAUUCCCCGGUUCCACCACGUGUAUACAUCCACCCGGACUCGCUGGCUUCUGGUGAGACUUGGAUGCGUCAGGUGAUCAGCUUCGACAAACUCAAACUGACCAAUAAUGAGCUGGAUGACCAGGGGCAUAUCAUUCUCCACUCCAUGCAUAAGUACCAGCCACGUGUGCAUGUGAUUCAGAAGGAGCGUGGCGAGGAGCUGUCUCAUGUUAGAACCGUUCCCCAGGGAGACGGAACCAGAACACUCAGCUUCCCAGAGACUGUCUUCACCACUGUCACCGCAUACCAGAACCAACAGAUCACCAAGCUGAAGAUUGACAGGAAUCCAUUUGCCAAAGGCUUCAGAGACUCCGGACGAAACCGGAUGGGCCUGGAGGCUCUGGUAGAGUCAUAUGGGUUCUGGCGUCCUUCUCUCAGAAGCCUGAUGUUUGAAGACAUCCCUGGAAUGAAACAAGCUUUCUGA